UACGUGUUUCAUUCCCUCCCAAAUGUUGGACGUCAUUUUUGAACCUUCCCUCGUUUUUCGUGAUGCAGCAGAGAGAAAGAAUGUCUUUCAGUCACAGUUUGAAGUCACAGCAUAUCUCGUUGUUUAUAAACAAAUGGUAAGCUCUCAUAGUCUGUGGAUAGCAAGCUUUUAUUUCAACAAUACAUCAUGGAUGAAAAUCAAUUCAACGAUAGGUGCCGGUUGUGCCUUGAUUCAGACAGUUCAUCACCGGUAUCAUCUAUGGACGACGAAGCCUUUCGCACUAUGUUGGAUGCCGUUUGUAACUUUGUGUUCGUAACCAAUGACCAACUUCCAUCCAAGGUAUGCUGGCGGUGCUCAACGAAGAUUAUGGAGUUUCACUGUUUCACGCAAACCAUCAAAAGUAAUCAGGAAAAAUUGCUUGCCAUGCUGCCAUCCCCUGAGGUCAAGCUGGAGUUACCGCUGAAGAAUGAGAUAUUCCUGGAAGCUACAUAUGAAGUUGAAAUGAAUUCGGUGGUGAAACUGGAACAAUGCUCAGAAGAAGAAAAAAUAGAUGAACCAGGUACUGUAUUACCGAGCGAGGAUGAGAAGAGCAGUGAGUCGGAGUCUCCAGAUAAGGUCGUAGAGGCCACAAAUGAUGAUAUUCUUAUCAAGCAGUAUUUUAGUUUGAACUGCGAUUCAUGUUCGAAACCGUUCGAUACUUACAAACAGCUGAGUCAGCAUACUAAAGAGGCUCACAAACGGAAACCAACCUUUCAGUGUUGUACCAAAACUUUCCAAACUAAACAUCUAAUGCUGCGCCACAUCAAUACUCACCUACGGCCAUUUAAGUGCGAUAUUUGUGGCAAAACAUUCUCCUACCAACAGACACUAGUCUCGCACCGCCGCAUGCACUUGUCCAGUGAGGACAAACCUUUCAAAUGUGUAAAAUGUUCCCGCUCGUUUACGAAAAGCAAUUUGUUGCGGACGCACAUGAAGACCCAUGAUCGGGUGGAAUGCCCAAUCUGCCAGAAGAGCUUAGCGAACGUGCAAGCCAUGAGGAACCAUACUUUGCUUGUUCACAGCGAUGGACCCAAGUACAUCUGUGACGUUUGCGGAAAGGAAUGUAAAACCCAACGGCAGGUGGAAACGCAUCGUAUCAUUCACACGGAACCGACACGAGCGGACGGAGCUCAAUGUGGAAUAUGCCACGCGUGGAUCAGCAGAAAGGAACACCUCCGUCGUCAUAUAACUGACAUACACGAGUCGAAGGAAACCGAAUGCGACAUUUGCCACAAGACGUACCCAAAUUUGAAGGCGAUGAGAAAACACAAGGGCCUUGUCCACGUGGGACUGAAUUUCAAAUGUGAGGUCUGUGGGAAACGGUUCAAGAAGGCGCUCAAUCUGACGGAACACCGGGCGUCGGCGCACACAGGCGAGAAGCUCUACUCGUGCGAGUUCUGCGGUAUGGAAAUGAACUCCAAUGGCAACCUGUACGCGCACAAGAAGAACAAACACCCGCUGGAGUGGAUGGAGGCCAAAAAGAAGGCUGGAAAGGUAGCGGACGGUAAGGCUUAGUUUGCAGUUGUAAUUUGAUUAAUAAAGUUGGGUUAAUAUCA